AUGAAGGUUCUUAUCCUAACUAAUGUUUCCCUUCUUUUAUUGGGUUCCGCUGUUGCCGAUCCUAUUGUUUACAUGAUCCGCCACGGCGAGAAGCCCUCAGAUGGCAGUGACGGACUUAGUGCUGCGGGCGAACAGCGUGCUCAGUGCUUAACCUCUGUCUUCGGACCAGGCUCUUCAUACAAUAUCGGAUAUAUUUUGGCCGAGCAGCCCAAGGAUGAUGGCUCUCGUGAGCGACCCUACGAGACCGUGGAGCCCCUAGCGGAAGAAUUGGGUCUUACCGUCGAUACUUCUUGCAGCAAGACCGACGAGAAGUGUGUUAAGAAAGCCGUCGAUAACUAUGACGGCGACGGCAAUAUUUUGAUUUGCUGGGAACAUGACGAGUUGACCCUGAUUGCGGAGAAAUUGGGUGUUGACGAUGCACCAGACUAUCCUGACGAUGAAUUCGGUCAAAUCUGGACUCUUCCUUAUCCUUGGGAUACUAUCACUGACAUCACUGAUGAAAACUGCCCCGGCCUUGGGCAGUAG